UAGAGCUAUGUUUUUUCAGCGUCGCUGCAACUGCAUCUUCAGCUGAACUUCUUCCAGAAAUCAUGCCUAAGCAAAUCCAUGAGAUCAAGGACUUCCUUCUCACUGCUAGAAGGAAGGAUGCGCGGUCUGUGAAAAUUAAGAGGACCAAGGAUGCUGUGAAGUUCAAGGUUCGGUGCUCCAGGUAUCUUUACACACUCUGUGUGUUCGACUCUCAGAAGGCCGAGAAGCUGAAGCAAUCUCUCCCACCAGGUUUGAGCGUGCAAGACCUGUAGAAAUCAGCUGUGGAAUCGCACUUCUUCUCUUUCUUAAAGUCAGUUGUUGGCUUUUCUUGAUUUCAGCCUUAAUUUCCUUUUGGAAUAGUUCGUUGUUUCUUUUAAAAUGAUGUCGAAGCCAUGGAUUUGUAUGGGGCACAAUUUUGACUUGUGUUAGUUAUCAAUUGAUUUCAUCUCUCUGAA